GUCACACACAACAAGGGGAAGCUCCUCCGACUCAGACGCUAGUUCUCUCUCACCGACUCGGACCUGCAGAUUAUUUCCACAAAUAGACUACUGCAAUUAGAUUUAUCUUUAAACUGCUCACCCACAAACAAUUGUAAUAUCUUCGUGGGUGUUUUGGGGAAAGUGGCAACAGUCGUCACAGAUAUUUUGCAAUAUCUGUUUUCCUAUUCCUCGAAACGAAAUGCCUGAGGACAUGGGGACAGCCAAGCCUGGAGGAGUCAUAGCCUAUAUUUCCUCUGGCUCUGCCUCCAGUCCAGAGUCCUGUAUGAGCACCAGCCCCAGCAGAAGCUAUUUGUCCACAUCCCAGGCCGUGUCCCGCCCCUCCCUCCCCAGCAGGGCAGUGGGCAUGGUGGUGGAUAUCUCUCCGCCUACUAAAAAUGGCCACCAACGUAGCCAUGGCAUUGAGAAGGCUGGGCGCUCCUCCACAUCUACCAAGAGCAACAUUACCAAAAUUAACGGCAUGGUGCUGUUGUGCAAGGUGUGUGGUGAUGUGGCAUCCGGCUUCCACUACGGCGUCCAUGCAUGCGAGGGCUGCAAGGGUUUCUUCAGAAGAAGCAUCCAGCAAAACAUCCAGUACAAGAAGUGUCUUAAGAUGGAGAACUGCACCAUCAUGAGAAUCAACCGGAACCGCUGCCAGCAGUGCCGCUUCAAGAAGUGUCUGUCUGUCGGCAUGUCCAGAGAUGCUGUCCGAUUUGGCCGCAUCCCAAAGAGGGAAAAGCAAAGGAUGCUGCUGGAGAUGCAGAACGCCAUGAACAACAUGAUGAGCAACAACAGCCAGCUGCACAGCAUGCUGCACGGCCACCAGAGCGCGUCUCCCAUGGAGGCCAUGACCAGCGACGCCGGCUCCUCGCCCUCAUCCUCCUCUGCUUCCGAUUCCCUGUCGAGCUCAAACCCCUCCUCCCCGCACUGCCCCCAGGACUCAGAGUCUGUGGUUUCAAUGGACACCAACUCCAGCUCCGCCUCCUCCUGCGCGUCAGACAGCGGAGAGGAUGAGUCCCUCAUUGCUUUGAACAGGCAGCACCAAGAAGCCUUUGCAUUCGGCCAGCAGAGGGCGCAGCGACAGGGCCAGGCGUCGCCCACGUUGAGCAGCGCCGCCCUGGAGGUGGGGGGUGACGGCCGGGCGGAGGAGGAGGAGCAGCAGCAGCAGCAGCAGGAGAACUGGAGCUGCUGGAACAACAAUGCAGUUGUUGGGGGGUACCAGCAAGGUUCUUACAGUAAAGUCCAACACGUCAGCAACACUGCUUACAGCGAGGAGAAGGUUUACCAGCAGCAGCCUCAGCAGCUCAACAGCACCCUGAAGUGUGAGCCGUCAGAUGACAGCAACACACAACAUGGGUUUAACACAAAACCGGCCUCAAGUGGUUACAAUGGACCAACCAGCUGCGUGAAUAAUAGAGAAUACUUGGUCUGUCCAAUGAACGCUUCACCCUACGUGGACCCCCACAAGCCGAGCCAGGAGAUCUGGGAGGAGUUCUCCAUGAGUUUCACCCCCGCCGUGCGGGAUGUGGUCGACUUUGCCAAGAGGAUCUCGGGCUUCUGCGACCUCCCAGAGCACGACCAGGUCGGCCUGUUGAAAGCUGGAACUUUUGAGGUGCUGAUGGUCAGAUUUGCCUCCCUGUUCAACGCCGUCGAGCGGACGGUGACCUUCCUGAGUGGAAAGCGUUACAGCCUUGACACGCUGCGGGCGCUGGGCGCCGGCGAGCUGCUCAACUCCAUGUGCGAGUUCAGCGAGAAGCUGGCUGCGCUGAGGCUGGACUCUGAGGAAAUGAGCCUCUUCACAGCCGUGGUGCUCGUCUCAGCCGAUCGUUCAGGGAUCCAGGACCUAAACUCGGUCGAGGCCCUGCAGGACAAACUGAUCCGGGGUCUGAGGAACUUGGUGAUGCAGAACCACGGCGAGGAGUCGGCCACCACCUUCACCAAGCUGCUGCUCAAGCUUCCCGAGCUGCGUUCACUCAACAACAUGCACUCGGAGGAACUGCUGUCCUUCAAAGUGCACCCUUGAAAUCUUCCUGAGGGGUCACACCUCCACCUAAUCCACACACCUCCACCACCACCUCCACCAGGACCUGCCUCUAUCUUCCCCCUCACCCUCCCUGUUCGACCAACCCAGUUGUUUGUUUCUAGAAUGUAUUGAAAGUUAUUUUUUAUUCUAUUUUUGUUAAGUCGACCAUGUGGGGUCUGAAGAGAGAAAAAUAUAAAACGUGUACUGUAUUUAUAGAAGAGAUAGCUCGUUGCACACAAACACACGCAACUGCAUGUGUGUCAGAGGUUCUUAGUUUUGCAAACUUGGAGGUGCUUUUCUAUUCUCCAGAGAACGAAGAGUACUUAAAUGGCUUUGUGAAAAGAUAUGAGUAGAAACCAAUUAGUCGAUUCCAAAGUGUGUUCUCUGAUGAGUGGGUGAAUGUGAGAGACAAUAUGAACCUUACAUACCGCAUGUUUGUUUGGUCCAAUAUUUGACUGAUACAUGUCGCAAGGAAGGCAAGCUAUCAGAAAAUGUAUUGAAGAAUGUGUGACGACCGCUGCUAAUGCAUGGCUGUACUUAAUGCAAACUAUUAUUACUUGGAUCUUCUCCCCUUGCCUCAGAAAGCAUCAGUUCAAAGUUUCAGCAUUUAUAGUGUUUUUAUUUAAUUUUUUACUUGUGUUUGUCAACUGCCUGUACACUGCCUGGUGAUUUCUGGGGGGGUCGAUGACGCCAUUUUCAGCAACACUACAUUUGCCCAUGUUCUGGAGCAGAAAAACCAAGUAACAUGUAAACGUUUUUGCUGUUUACCCCACUUUCCGGAUUUUUUUGUGUUUUUAAUCAAAGUUUGUGUGCAUUCAGCAUAGCACUGAAUUUUAUG